AUGGAUCCUCUAUCGGAUGAACGCCGAGCCAGGAUUCUUGAGAUCAAACGUGCGUUUGAAGACGAGAAUGUCAUUAAGAUUCCUAUCAUACAGCGGUAUGAACUGGCCAAGGAGCAGCUGCGGCUUUAUCAGAAGGAGCGAGUUUUCUUCUCCGGAUAUUUCCAAGCUUUGACGAAUUGUGUCCAGCUCUCUCAAUCAGCUCACGAAGAGCCACAAGAAAGGCGACAUUUGGCGGAGUUGGCCGUCCAUCAUGUCAAGGUGUUCUUCCCUCAAAACGAUCAUUUGUUGAAGGAAUGCCACAAAGCCCUGGGCUUGACCAGUGCUGAGCCAAAUCUUGCUUAG